AUGGCAGAUAGGAAUCACAGCAGAGUGACAGAAUUCGUUUUCAUUGGCUUCACCGAUCAUCCAGAUCUUCAGAUUCCUCUCUUUAUGGUGUUCCUGCUAAUCUACAUUGUCACGCUGCUGGGGAAUUUUGGGAUAAUCCUGCUCAUCAGGAUCGACUCCAAGCUCCAUACUCCAAUGUAUUUCUUCCUCAGCCACUUGGCCUUUGUAGACCUUUGUUAUUCUUCAACCAUCACACCCAAAAUGCUGGCAAACUUCUUGUCCGAGAGAAUAACAAUUUCUUACCAUGCCUGUGCUGCACAGCUGUGCUUUUUUCUUACAUUCAUGAUCACAGAGUGUUUCCUUCUUGCUGGGAUGGCAUACGAUCGCUCUGUGGCCAUCUGUAACCCUCUCAACUACACGGUCAUCAUGUCCCAGCGUGUCUGUAUCCAACUGGUGGCUGGCCCUUACCUGUACGGUUUCUGUGUUGCCUUGUUCCACACCAUAGUUACAUUUCGCUUGAAUUUCUGUGCUUCUAAUAUGAUCAACCAUUUCUACUGCGAUGACCUCCCCUUGUUAGCACUCUCCUGUUCUAGUACCUACACCAAAGAAAUGUUAAUAUUUGCCUUUGCUAGCUUUACUAUGAUCUCCUCUCUUCUGAUAGUGCUUGUCUCCUACCUGCGCAUCUUGGCCAUCAUUUUGAAGAUCUGCUCUGCUCAGGGCAGGCAGAAAGCUUUCAGCACCUGUGUCUCCCACCUGACAGCGGUCACCAUCUUCUACGGGACCCUGAUUUUCAUGUAUUUACAGCCCAGCUCUAAACACUCACUGGACAGAGACAAGGUGGCCUCACUGUUCUACACAGUGGUGAUCCCCAUGCUGAACCCUCUCAUCUACAGCCUGAGGAACAAAGAGGUGAAGGCAGCCCUAUGGAAAAUCAUAUAUAAAAUAUACAACUGCCCUGCAGUCAAUGACUAG